AUGUGGUGGGCAACGCUGCUGGGAUUGUUGGUCGUGCAUGUCGUCCACGGGGAAGGGCCCUUCGAUUACACAAUCCAUCAGUUCGAGGGACAUUGCGACCCAGAUGGGAAGUGCACCUACACGUUACAGAUUCCUUCUCACGAAGCUCUGGAAAACCCCGGCGUCGUGGACAACAGAACGGCGUCCGCCAUUGUGUCUCAUCUUGAACGCCAUGACCAUCAGAUUCUUCAGCUGCUGUCGUAUUUUGGCGGUAACGAUACGGACUCGGCCAUGAACAUUAUAGACGAGCUGAAGGAUUUAAAGGACAAUAACCAAAGACUGGAGAACCUGGUCCAGGUGUUGGUCGGUGAGACUGCCACGCUACAGAAGGAGAACAUUAAUCUACAGACAGACCUGGAGAACCUGAACAGCAGCCUGGCUGGCAAGAUCGUAAUUGGGGGAGACUAUUGUGCAUCCGCCCCAUGCAAGAACAGCGCCAUCUGCCAGAACCUCAACGACCGCUACAUCUGCGUCUGCCGGACGGGCUACACUGGACACAACUGUGAAACAGGUAUGGAUGCUGUUUUUAUUCAGAACAGGAAGUCUGAACGACGCUUAGAAACAAAGGCCGUCGACAUGUUUAUGCCCAAGAGAUCCAUUUUGUCUCAAGAGCAGUGCGAGAUUGACGAGUGUGAUGCUCAUCCUUGUGAACAUGGCAACUGCACCGACAUGGUCGGCGACUUCCACUGCAGCUGUGAAAACGGAUACACCGGCCGCAACUGCAGCAUCAAUAUUAACGAAUGCGAGGGCAACCCUUGCGGUGAUGGCGGCACGUGCACCGAUCUCGUCGCCCGCUAUACAUGUGUCUGUGAACCAGGCUUCUCAGGAUCCAGCUGCGAAAUAAACAUCAACGAAUGUCUCUCUGGACCCUGCGUCAACGGGGGUUUCUGUCUGGAUGACAUCAAUGGUUACUACUGCGCAUGUCCACCGGGCUUCAGCGGAGUCAACUGUGAAGCAGAUUACGAUGAGUGUCUUGCGGCCAACCCCUGCGUGUACGGCGUAUGUGUCAACACACACGGCAGCUACAGUUGCAACUGCACCUACCCUGAGAUCACCGGCCACUUCUGUGAUGAGACUCCAGAAAACAACUGCUGGGACCUCCGCAAGUACCAGAACAUCACCGAUGACGGCGUGUACUCCUUGAAGGCUCCCGGUGGGGGCGAGGUCCUCGGCAACUGCGACAUGACCACUGACAACGGGGGCUGGACUAACUUCCUCAGGCGUGUGAGCGACACCGUGGGCUUCAACCGGACGUGGAACGAGUACAAGUUCGGGUUCGGUAUUCUAUCAAGUAACUACUAUUGGGGCAACGAGCUUAUCGAGACCUUCCUGAAGCAGGGGCCUAUGGAGAUGCGAGUGGACAUCUACGACUGGGACGGCAACAGCGCCUACGCUGUAUACAACGCCUUCUCCUUGUCUAACGAAAGUGACUCCUUCACAAUCCAUCUAGGAAACUACACUGGUGAUGCAGGAGAUCCCUUCAACUUCCCAUCGUCGACAUUCUCCCAGAACAAUGUCCCCUUCUCCACCUGGGACCGCGACAACGACAACCACAGCAAGAACUGCGGCCUCGUGUACGGCAGCGGCUUCUGGUACAACCAGUGCUGGGCUGCCAACCCUACCGGCAAAUACUACAACCAAGGAUUUUACACAGCCCCUAUCCACAAUGGCGUGGAGUGGUGGACAUGGAAGCGAGACCGGUAUUCACUGCGGAAACUGGAGAUGAAGUUCCGUCCUCUCGGUGCCAAAAUGUAGAAGAUACACCUAGUCUUUUAUAUAUACUUCACUGUAACCAUGGUAAUAAACCAUU